AUGCCGCAACCAAAUCAAGCAUCAGGCUCCAAUCCCGCAGGCGUGUUUGCCCUGUUCGCGCUUCCUCGUGCUAUUGCACGCUUCUCCCGCGCUGCGGAAUGGCGCCAUGGACAUAUCCUCCGUGCGAUCCCGCUUGAGCGCCGUGCGCCAAGGCCUGUCAUGCGCUCCGUACAAACUCUCGCAUUCGGGGCUCCUGCCCCUGCCCCUGCCGCUGCCGCUGACAACCUUACAUCGGAAGAAUCACAUACCCUUCAUUCAGACGCGCACCUUAUUCGACACCCAGCGGCAAAGGAAGAGGGCUGGUCACUCCCUCCACAUGUCCGCGCAUGGUCCUCACGUGUCCCAACUUUCGCUAAUAUCCUGCGGUACAGACUCGAGGAGGGCUUUUCGCUGGGGCAGGCACUGAUCUUGGUGAUCUACACUGCGGUUCUGGUUUAUGCUGGGUUCCUUAAAUCAAACCCUUUUGCGGAUCCGCUACGUACUGGAUUCGUAGCAAUGUCGCAGAUUCCUGUCGUCUAUCUCUUGGCGACGAAAAACAAUUUACUGGGUAUGUUUGUUGGCCUCGGGUAUGAGAAGCUCAAUUAUAUUCAUCGGUAUGCGGGGACACUCCUUGUGGUCGCAUCCAACGUGCAUUCGCUUGGCUAUAUUUAUCAGUGGACGAUAGACCACACAUUUUCUAAAUACGUUCGCACACCAGAAAUCAUAUGGGCCUUUGUUGCGCUCAUCAGUCUAGAUCUUUUAUUCCUAUUUUCGCUCCAUUCUUCAGACGACGGGCGUACAAUGUAUUCUACAGGCUCGCAUAUCGUAUUCUUCAUUCUUUUUCUCCCAGCUGUUCAUGGUCAUCAACCCUCUGUCUGGCCAUACGUGAUCGCCGCUGGCGGUGCCAUCGGCCUCGACUACCUCAUCCGGCUUAUGAAAACACGAGUUCCCCAGCUCAAUGCUGGCUGGAGGGCAGGGCAGCACGUACGCAUCCGCAUACUUUCCUCAGCCAUGGGGUGGAUCGGCUGGGCAGAGAGUCACCCGUUUACCAUUGCUACCGCAGCGAAGACACCUGAGGGCAUGGUUUUAUUGUGCAAGAAAACCGGUGGAUGGACGGGGCGGCUGUACGAGAUGGCAAAAGUAGCGGGGUAUGGUACAGAUGAAAGCACGUUUGGGAGGAUGGUGCAGGUUAUGAUUGAGGGUCCAUAUGGAGGACCGGGACACUGCGUGUAUGCGAGCUAUUCCGCUGCGAUGUUCGUUGUCGGCGGAAGUGGGAUUACCUUUGCCCUCUCAGCCGUUCAAGAUAUCCUCCAAAGAGACUCGGAAGGUGCAAGCCGAGUGAAGAUCAUAGAAGUCAUUUGGAGCGUUCAAGAUUCUGCCUCCCUCACUCCACUCGUCCCCCAAUUAGUGGCGCUUAUCCAACAAAGCGUCUACGCGCCACUUAAAAUAUCCGUCUACUACACACGUGCAUGUGAAAAACCCCCAGGCAAAGAUUUCCUCCCGCCAGGGCUCACACUCACCGCAGGACGCCCAAAAGUCGCUAAAGUCCUCGACGCAGUGAUGUCGCGCGCAGUGUCUUACGGCUCUGGAGUCAAGGCCAGUAUGGAUAUCACAGGUGUCAUCGUCGGCGUGUGUGGUCCUGUGGGUUUGAGCGAUGAGGUUGCGCAGGUGAUUUCUCAGGUAGAUGCUGGUAGACGCUGGGCUGUCGGUGGCAUUGAGAUGCACGAGGAGAUUUUUGGGUGGUAG